AUGGCGGAGCGUCUCUACCGCGGGACUGCACAUGUUUACGCGCAGAAUUCCGCCGGUUGAAGCUACAGCUUAGUCCGGACUGGAGUACGCCGCAACUGGACGCGGAAUGCUCCGCAUGGGAUGUUUUUAAAACAAUUUAGGCUCCUGUGAACGAACCUCAGCGAAUGGCGUUGAGUGCGAGCCUUGAGCCCGACGAUUAGAAGCGAACUCGUCGACGAAAACAAGGUUGCGGGACCGGCUAGUAGCCAUUUUUCUCAAUCGUAUGCACGUAACAUUGCGGUUCGGGCGGCUCCGCGUUUUCUCGCCGACUUCCCCCUCAGCUAGCUAAGCAAGCAGCGAAAACAAACAGGUCGAGGCGAGGAAAAAAGAGAAGAGAGAAGAUUGGCAGCCGGUUUUGGACGUGGGAAGAAUUGUUUGUCUUGUCCUCAGCGUGGAAGUUGGCGAAGACGACGGCGUUCGUUGGAGUGUCGAGUCCGUCGAGUAUGUUCCCGCUUCCGGACGUUUUGUCAGGGCUCCCGCCGCUGCCGCCCCUUGACGUUUACCAGCCGAGCCGCUUCAUGCUGUAAAAAAGAAAAGAUUUUUUUUUCCACCCCCCGCCCCCCUGGUAAAUUUGCUUCGGACACCCGCGUAGAAAAAUGCACAACCGGCGUCUGGUGAAGCGCUCAGUCCUUGGCAGCCGUGUGUACCCGUCGAGCCCGACCGGCGACGGCGCCCCGGUGACCGGAGAGGUCCAGGCUGUCAAGCAGGAAAGCGCCGAGGACGCGGCGGCCGCGGGGGCUCGGCGCGGCGGGAACACUAGCAGCGUCUACACGGUGCUCCUGCCGGACGGCAGCCUGAAGGAGUUUGCCGAGGACGAGAUAACCGCCGCCGGCUUGAACCACGCGAAGGGGCCACUCAAAUCCAGCUUGAAGAGCUCUGUUAACGGGCACAAGGUGGACGACCCCGAGGCAACGGAGGGCGACCGCCACGAGACAAACGGCAAACGAAUGGAUGCUUGCCGCUCGGUGUCCCUGCUGGAGCAAAAGCGCAAGGUUGUCUCUUCCAGCAUCGACGUCCCGCACGCCAGGCGAUCAGAGGAGGAAGUGGACAUGGACAAGGUGACAGCCGCCAUGGUCCUCACCAGCCUCUCCACCAGCCCGCUGGUCAGGAGUCCGCCCGUCAAAGUCAAUGAGGCUCUUAGUGGCUCGUGGAAGGAGAACGGCUCUACGGGUCUUUUCACUCCAUCCAGCAAUGGCUCGUCGGGCGGCUACUGGAGCUGGUCGGCACCCAGCGACCAGUCCAACCCGUCCACACCGUCGCCGCCCCUCUCGGCUGACAGCUUCAAACCCUUCCGGGUGCCCAGCGGAGUGCCCCCUAACACGGGGACCGAGGACCCCAGCCUGGAGGAGACGGACGGCAGCAGCCUGCUCUUUGACGAGCCCAUACCACGCAAGCGCAAGAAUUCUAUGAAGGUGAUGUUCAAGUGCCUGUGGAAGAACUGCGGCAAAGUCCUGAGCACUGCCGCCGGAAUCCAGAGGCACAUUCGCACCAUCCACCUCGGCCGCAGCUGCGACUCGGACUGCAGCGACGGUGAGGAAGACUUCUACUACACCGAGAUCAAGCUCAACACGGACACGGUGGCUGAGGGCCUGAGCAGCCUGUCGCCGGUGUCGCCCUCCGUCCUGAUCCCGCCUCCCCAGCCGGAUGCCCACGGGGCCGCGCCCGUGCCCCUGUCCCCAUUGCCGCCUCCCUGGAUCAAGGAGCCUCACUCAGGCAGUGUUACGCCGCUCAGCCGCUCUGCGCCCAGCGCGCUCUACCUCAUCCAUGCCGAUCACGCCUACCAGGCCACGCCUCCGAUGUCCAUCCCGCCCAAUGGGGCCACCAACCCGGCGGCCUCCUACAGCUUCACACCCACCAAUGGCUCAGGCUUCAGCAUCUCUUGGCAAUCACCGCCCCUUGCUUUCACCGGCAACAGGGUCAUGAAACACACGUGCACACAAACACCAGCAGCGGUGUCACCCAGUAAGAGUCAGGGCUUCGCCGACCAGCGUUCCCAAACCAUCACUGUCCUUUCAUCCCCGCCCAGAGCCACAGCCGCCCUCAGUCGUAAAGUGCGCAGCGAAGGCAAGAAGUGUCGCAAAGUAUACGGGAUGGAGAACCGCGACAUGUGGUGCACUGCCUGCCGCUGGAAGAAAGCCUGCCAGAGAUUCACAGACUAGACGGACGUCAGAGCGGCCUAAACAGUGCGGGGAGCAUCGCAACGGUCCCUUGAGCUCCGCCUUUGCCCGCAAAGCCCCCAUUCCUCCAUUCCAGUAGGUGUGCCGAUCCUGGAUGACUUUGUCGUCAUACCCAAAGUGCAGCUAAAAAAAAUGGUGCGAGGAAAAAUGACAUUUCUGGUGUUUUUCAUUUUGUUUUUUUGCUUUUUGUUCUUUUUGAAGAUGCGCUGCAAAAACACGAGCUUUUUCUGACUCUGACGUCAAACGUCUCUGCUAGCUAAGUUAAAGAAAAGCGGGAACAGCGUGACAUUGUCAUGGUUUUCUUAUUUCAUUUUGAGCAACUUGUCCAGAACAUUUCUUGCCUGCAUCCUGCCCCCUUUUUCAAACGGAAACCAAGAAACAUCCAGAUAAACCAGACUAGUUUUGUCACAAACUUUACAACGAGGAACUAAUUUUUAUUCCCUCAAAUGCUGAAGAGAAUUCGGGGAACACCUUGAAGGAACAAAGUUAUCAUCAUUUUCAUCUCUUGUUUUACCUCGGUCAGUUUUUUGUGAACAUCCAAGCGAUUGCCAACCUGGCCCUCCAUGUACGUUCUGUUGAGUGAUUUAAACCCAAGGAACCAAAUCCCAAAAAAAGAGCAGCUUUUGUCAGAAAUGAUUCAAAACAAGAAGUUGAUGGGAAACUUCCCCACAAACGUUAAAACGAAAAAGCUAGAGAGCACCCAAAGGAGCAGGGUGAGGUAGGUCUUCAUUGUCUUGAGCUUUUGUUUUCCAUUUGUCAGUACUUUUCCAUCACCAGCAUCAUACUUUCAUGCAAACUUUGGCUUUUCUAAACAGAACGUCCAAGCCAAGACAAACAAAAAAUGAAAAAGUUGGGAACAUCAAUGGGGAACAUCAUAUCAGCGUUAUGGUCUAAAUUCCUCGUUUUAUGUCAUGGUUUGUUUUGGGUUUUUUUCAGCAAUUUGUUGCCCCAAGAGACCAUUUGAACAACAUAGUUGGACAGUCUCAACCGGAGGUUUCUCCUUUGUUUGUUUGAUCAAGUAUGGAAUUUUUGGAUUUUCACGUGAAAACUUUGGAAACAAAAGCUUAUUUCAUUUGUUAGCAUUUUGUUUCCGUUCCGUGAUUACUCGUGUUGGUUUUUUUCUUUUCCGAUCGACGAACAACCGCCUUAAACGCAUUCUGUCCGAUGCCUCAAUUGGACAUUAGCCUUUAUGUCGCUUUCAAAAUUAGUUAAAAUUGUCGUGCUUCUUCUAUACAAUUUGGUCAAACCAAAUAUUCACAGCUCUUUUGUUUGUCAACAUAGUACCGUAUUUUUCGGAAUAUACGUCGCAUUAGCCAUAAAAUGCACAAUAAAGUGAAAAAAAACAUAUACAAGUCGCUCUGGAGUAUAAGUUGCAUUUUGGGGGAAAUCUAUUUGACAAAAUCAAACACCAAGAACAGACAUGAAUGAGCAACAACAGGCUAAACGAUACGUAUGCUAACGUGACAUAAACACAAACGAAGAGCUGAGAACAAGCCUGACGUAACAUUCAGUUAUUCAAAUAACUAUUACAUAAAUAACACGUUUAUUACACCACAUUACAGUGGAGCCUCGGUUUUCAAACGUCCCGGUUCUCGAACAAAUCGAUAUUCGAACAAGAAAUUCGAGAUUCUUGUCGGACAAAAUUCGGUCGUCGAACCUAUCGAGAUGAGCCGAAAGGACCCUCAUGCCAACUGACUCCAUUCGUUAUUACGUUCUCGUUACUCUGAGGAUUGCAUCAAGUCUAAUCAUGCCUCCAAAGGAAGCAAGUAAAGCCAUCCUAAAACCCAAAGACGCUCCUAAAGCAAUCCGACACUGAGCGUGAUGCGUUUGCGCAAUCGGACCAAAUAAACUCCCUGGGCACUGAGGUCCAAAUUAAAUUUUGGAAAGUACAUUAGGGCUUUAAAAAUAUUUUCUAAAUUUUAGCGACCGCUCUGUCACAAUAAUGCGACCAGCGUGGUGCAGUUGCGCGGUCAGCGGUGCGCAACGGUUGGGCGAUCUGACAAAAUUAAGCCCCCUGAGCACUGAUGUCCACUCAAAUUUUAGAAAGUACAGCAGGACUUCAAACAUAUUUUCUAAAUUUCAGCGACGCCCCUGUCACAAUAAUGCGACCAGCGCCGUGCAGUUGCGCGGUCGGCGACGGGCUACGGUUGUGCGUUCGACGGUGCGCUGCAGUUGCGCGAUUGGACAAAAAUGCGCAAAUGAAAAAAUGCUUAAAAAAGGCGGAUUUUUUGGUUUGGAACGGAUUCAUUUUUUUCCCAUUAUUUGUAAUGGGAAGAUAUAAUUCGGAAUUCGAAGGAUUCACUUCUCGAACAGCCUUCUGGAACGGAUUGUGUUCGAAAACCGAGGCUCCACUGUAUAAUAACUAUCAUAUACCGUUUUUUUCCGUGUAUAAUGCGCCUCCAUGUAUAAUACGCACCCUAAAAAUGGCAUGUUGAUGCUGGAAAAAAGCCUGUACCCAUGUAAAAUACGCACCCAAUUUUUCUGAUUUUUUUUAAAUUUAUUUUUAUUUAUUUUUAAGUCCCAAUGAUCGUCACACACGCAGCGAGGCAAUGGGUCCCAUUUUUAUAGUCUUUGGUAUGGUCUUAACUAGGCUGGAUGUAAUUUUUUUUGUUGGCGUUGAUUUCUCCGAUCAGUGCGCACAUGUGAAAAAGGCGUGCGGACGUGAAAAAGGUGGCUCUGUAUGGGAGAGACGUUGAAGAGGAAUAAAAACACCCUUGGAAACCAAAACUUGCCCCUCGUCGUGACUCGGAGCCGCAACAAAUGUUUCGGAUAUGUGUAGGGUACAUUGUGACAGAAAACGAGCAGGUGAUCGAGCAAGCGUCUGAUACGAGAGCAUUGCGGUCGUAUGGAGCGUGUUUGAAGUGAACAGCAGAGACGAAAGGAACAAGGCAAAGUGUUGUGAAAUAAAAUAUUACCUGUAAUACGCAUUUUGUUAUUUGCUGAUUGAAACUGCUAAUUAAACUGUGAAUUGAAACUAAUAGGAAGAAAACAACUCUCGCUCUUUAUAUAGCUGACGUGUCUUGCGCAGUCAUACUGCCUCCGUAUGACGUCCGGUCCGCGAUGGAGGUUAAAAAACAAAAAAUAUUUGACAAUAACACACCAUCAAGGAUUGCACCAUCGCAUCAAACGAUGUGUCGUCAAUUAUGAAUUUUACUGACUAAGUGUGUUGGGCAGGAUGCUGAAUGCGAUGCGCGAUUGACAACAAACAAGAAGAAAGGUGAUUUCAAGUUUUAUUUCGAGGGAGAUUUGUCAUGUCUCGUCCCCAGUUUUGCUAUGUGUCUAGGUUGCCAUAGUUUCUGUUCGCGUCGCCCCUCCCUUCCUGUGUCACCUCAAUCAAUGUAACGUGUUUUGUAUUUAAGUCCUGUCUGCCCCUCGCUCACCGUCGGAUCAUUGCAUGUGUUACUGUCAUGAUGUCUGUUUGGUUUCUAUUCCUGUCUUUGGUAAUGUCACCCUGUCUUAUUUGUUCCACGUCUUUGUCGGUCAGUCCUGUUGUUGGUUUUGUUGUACCAUGAUUUUCUAAAAAAAAUAAAAUAAUUAAAAAAAAAAUUGUACCCAUGUAUAAUGCGCACCCCAGAUUUUAGGACAAUAAAUUAGUUAAAUUUCGUGCAUUAUACAUGGAAAAAAACGGUAAACAACAAUAUUACCAAACCGUCUGUCACUCCAAAUAAUUAAAUCCAUCGAUCAAAUUAAUAAUAAUAAUGACAAGGCUGACGUCAUUAUUCCACAGAUCUAGUAUAUGACUAUAUUGUAGCGUUAACUAGGUACCAGGAAAGACGUGGGUUUGGUAAACUGCUCUUUAUUCAACAAAACAAGACUUCAACGAGCCAACAAUUACUGAACUGUAACGAUAAAACCAUAUACAAGUUGCUACACGAAAUAAAAUAUAUCAAAUAACUAUAACAUAAAUAGUUCACGGCCACACGGCCCCAAGCACCGGCGUGGACUUCCAGGCGUGUGGCGGUGUGGACUUCCAUCCCCGGAGGUGGCACUUCCAGCCUCCGUAGAUUAGGACCGGGCAUGCGUAGGAGCAGUGUCCGACCCCCAUCCACCGUCCCCGGACAGCCAGCUGCCGCGCGCUGGCCUCCGACUUCCAGCCGCGGAGGUGGAAAAGAGCUCCGUAUAAUAGGACCGGGCGUGCGUAAAAGCCAUGUCCGAGGCCCAUCCACCGUCCCCGGGCAGCCAUUCGGCCGAGCGCCGGCUCCCGACUUCCAUCCACGGAAGUGAAAGAGAGCUCCGUAGAGUAGGGCCAGACGUGCGUAAAAGCCUUAAUAGAUUUUCAAACCUUCUGUGUCACUCCAAAUCAAACUCUUCGUCCUCCGUGUCACAAAGCCGCUAAUGAUGCCGGUAGUACGUGGGGCCCUUCGUCAUCUUCAUGAUCCCGUGAUCGAAUCUUUGUCCUUUAUGUAAACAACCGUCGCCCCGCUGACGUCACUUGCCGUUCAAAUUAAAGUAAUCCCUUGCUACAUCGCGGUUCGUUUCUUGCGGUAUCACUUUUUUUUUUCUCAAUUUUGAAAAUUUGUGAAAGAAUUCACAUAUAAGUCACUUCUCAGUAUAAGUCGCCCCCCCACCCAAACUAUGAAAGAAAACGCGACUUAUUGUCCGAAAAAUAUGGUAUGUCAUGAUUCCGCGAUAACAAAUAAAAAUGAAACAUUACUAGUUUUGACUUUUAUGCCAUUCCAUUUAAAUGCAUCGUAUUUUGUUUUCUUUUUGUUUGUUUCUAUGUUCUUGCUAGGUUGAUUGGCAUCUCAAAGGAUGGCCCGCUAAAUUGUGGGCUCAAACCAGAGCUCGGUGCUACGUUAGCCGCUAACCUGCCAGAUACAAUUCACAUACUUGGACUGUAAAAAUGACUGGAAUCCAUCUUAUUAAGAUGGAAGCGCUACUCCAUUGACAUUGACAUUUUGUACAAAUUUUUGCUACUGUAGAUGUAGAACGUGAAAAUAAAAACCACCUGACUUAAAUUUUAUUCAAUCUAUACCUCUUGGCGUUACUUUCAUCAAGUGUAAAGGGUAUCGUUUUGAUUGCCGUUUUAGUUUGUUUUAACCCAAUAAGUUCUGAGAGAAGUACAAGUCAAUUUUUUUCUUCAUAGUUAAUUAUGUAAAAUACGACAUUUUUCGCUAGACUUUACUAGCCCAAGGGGGGGGGGGGUUAACAGACAGUACGGGGUGGCACUUGAGGCCGUUCCCCUUUUAUUCAUAAAGUAAUGUUUGCGAUGUUAGCUAACAUAAAUUUCAGAUUCACGAAUGUGCCUUGAUUGAACUUGCAGAGUGGAUGUCUCUGGAAUGCAGUGCGACUGUUUCCAAGUCGGGUUUUUAUUUUCUGGAAGCCGUCGGGACUUUUCUAUUACAUUUUUCUGUGUUGUUGUUUUACGACAAUGUUAUGUGCUGUGUUUUUGAUAGUAUAAGUAUAUUAUGUUAAAUUCACAUACUGCUUGUGUGUUUCCCCUUCUUGACAAGGGCUUGUACAUAAUUAUGGUGUAAUUAUUAUGCGAAUUUCUUUUUCAUAAAUUGUUGGAAAAGUCUCAUAGCACGUCACACAGCCAAUCAGAUCGUCCGCCUUAAUGCAAAACCGUAAAGGACGAUAACGACGGCAUACUGGCAGACAUUAUUCGUGAUUUUAAACAGAAAUGCAGCUUGUGAAUAUGCAGCGCGGACGAUCUCAUUGACCAACUCUGCAAUCAUGACCUCAAGAAUUCAACACAAGUGGUGUAAAUACGCUAAUAGUAUUGAUUCCCCGAAAAUAAUUGCCUAUGUCGCAUGUGCAUGUCUAACAUGUUGAAAUUAGUUAAGACGUUGUGAUGUGUUGUCCAUGUUUCAGAUUCGAGAACAAAACGUGUCAAUCAUGUGUCAAAUGUUUGCCACGUUACAAAUAUUCUAAUUUAUGACCAAAUCACUGUUUCAUACAGUUGCCAAUAUUUGGACGUAACAAGCAAUUGUUGUUGUUUUUAACCAAAAUCAUCAAAAUUAUGUCAGAAAUUUUGGCAAUGUUCCAAAGACCCCAGUUUCAUCUUUCAAAACAAUGAAUAUGUUUGCAUAGGUUCAUAGAGUAAAAGUUAUUUUGUAUAUUUGUUGAUCGGACUAAAUUUAACAUGACACCAAUUUUUUUAUUAAAAAUAUUUUGGUAGUUUAUCUUAUUUUAGCAUAGACAGAAUUAUGUUUGUUCGUUUCUUGCAAAGGCAUCAAUGUCUUUAUCAAAAACUUCUACUUCCAUCUUUCAAAACUGACAUUUGCAAACACGAUGCGAGUAUAGGCUAGGUAUUAGGGGUGUAACGAUUCAUCGAUACUAGAGAUGCACCGAUCCGACUUUUUCAGUUCCGAUACCGAUGCCGUGGCUUUGCGUAUCGGUCGAUACCCGAUACCGAUCCGAUAUUAUGGUUGACUUAACAAGCUACAUAACUCUACAUGUGGAACAGAAAAGACCAAAGGCAAUGGCAUCAGGCAGACUACACAGUUCUUUGCUCUAAAUUAGGGGUGUCCAAACUAACGGUCCAGUUUUUAUUGGCCCGCAGCAAAUUCUGAAAACAUAAUUGGAUAUGGCCCGCACAAGAAGCUUGAGCUCAGCUUCUCAGUUUCCACACUAGAUGGAGCCCGCCACACAAAGCGUUUGACGUCCCAUUAACACCCCCCCGGAAGAGAAGCGAACACGCAGCGUUUGACAUCCGAUUAGCCUCCGCCCCCACCUCCCCCCCCCCCCCAUUCGGGAGAGAAGCGAACGCGCAGCCUUUGACGUCCCAUUAGCAACCCGAAGAGAAGCGAACGCGCAGGGUUUGACGUCCGCUUAGCAACCCGGGGAAGAGAAGCGAACGUUCGCUCCAUGUUUGCGUUUGUUUAGAAAACUCUCGUGGCAUGCGGCACACGUGCUGCUGACGUAUGACGUAGCCCGCGUCCCAAUAGAUUAAGGAAAGUAUCGGCUCACAGAUCGGCUGUAUUUUCCGAUACCCGAUCCAUCUAUUUUGUUGAUAUCGGGGCCGAUAUCCGAUCCAGAUAUCGGAUCGGUGCAUCUCUAAUCGAUACACAUCGAUACAUCGAUAUAAUGCUCUACGAUUUAUUGGCAUCAAUGCUAAACGUAAACAUCGUUUUAUAUCGCCGUGUUUGACGCGACUUUAUUUUGAAAUCCAGUUCAUUGUUGCUUGCUUCCUCUUUCCGGGAGCGCACUGCGCGUGUUGUGUUGUGAGCAGAGCACGCACGUGAAAGGGGAGUCGACAACUAGUACGCGGCUCCUGGGCUGGUGCUAUGGCUAGUGUCCAAAAAGACGAGGAAAUUUGCUCCCCUUUAGGCUUCAAUUCAUUCGUUUGGAAGCACUUUGGAUUCCAAAGAAAAUAUGGCUCAACGGACAAGACACGUGCAGUUUGUAAAUCCUGCCAUGCGGUGAUCAAAUAUGCAGGGAGCACAAAUCUCGCCGCACAUUUACAGGGCUCGAAGCUUAUUUUUUGCCCAAGUUGCCCUCGGGCAAGUUGGAGAAAAUUUUACUUGCCCGAAACAAAAUUUUACUUGCCCAAAUUUUUUUGGAGUGGAUUUUUACUUGCCCGACACAUUUUUUCAAUAAAAAAGACAACACUAUAAGUUUUGCCUUCAUAUGUUUUUAUUCCAUCAUAUUGUGCCUGCAGCCUGUUUUAAUACAGUGUAGAACUUUUGAUGCAAUUAAACCACACUAGUCUACUGUAGUACCAAAAUUCAACCGGAAACAAGCUCUGCUGGUGCGCAGGCGCAGAAGAGCCAGGGACGGGUGAGGGAGCAUGCAUUUAAUUACGAAGCGCUUUGCCGUUAUCAAUGUAUUGCAGACUUACACGAGGAACUAACCGCUCCCUAGAAAACAAAAUGUCGGACCAGAAGCGGCAGAAGUUGCGAGAAAUUAUGCACAAAAUCGUCUUUUUACAGCUUGAAAACAUGGUAUUAUGGCAGGGCAAGUUCGGGCAAGUGAGGAAAAAUUCUACUUGCCCGUCUGCCAUCGCUACUUGCCCCGGGCAAUCGAGCAAUCGUUAGUUUCGAGCCCUGAUUUAAAGAAAAAACACGACAUCAAAGUUCAGUGUUAAAAUACGCACUUUGUAUACUACAAUGCUCUUAUAAUUUCCUAAAUAAAGAGUUUGCAGUACCUUGUUGAUUUUGCGUAUGAAUUGUUAUAAAUCAGGAUAUUGUUCUAUAUUUUUUAUUUAAAAAUAAUAAUAAUAUCGAUCGUAGAGCACUAUAUCGCGAUAUAUCGUGAAUGAAUCGCAGCAGGCUUUAAGAUAUCGGCAAAUAUCGUAUCGUAGUUCUUUGUAUCGAUAUGAUAUCGCAUCGUGACAAAACCCGCGAUUUACACCCCUACUAGGUAUAGUCACUUUGUUCCUUUUCCAUAAGACAUCAACUCCAAAGCUUCAAUUCUUAUUGGACAUAAAAGCUCACUUUGUGAUGUUUUGAUGAGUUUGCUUCAAAAACUAAAAUUUGGUGAGGAAUCAUGUUUGUGGCUAAGGACUUCAGUUGCUGAGCUUGUACACCGAACUGGGUGGCAAAAAUAUGAAUGAUACGUAGGUUUUUAGCAAAGAAAAUUGAGAAUACUAGCAUAGUUAAUCAAAAGGCUCUUUUUCCUGUUUUUAAGAAUUUGAUAUAAAACAUGACCAUAUAUAUAUAUAUAUAUACACAAUCAUGUUAAGCAUCAAAGCUAAUCUCAUGAAGCUAAGAUGUUACUUUCCAUGGUUUUCUUGGUUACUCGUGAUAAACCUCCACUUGAAGCAUUUGCAAUAUAAACAAAAAUGUAUAUAUCAAAAUAUAUAUGUUGUAUCUCAUAUAGUACUCUAUUCAAUAGAGUCUAUUGCAUCCAGGUUGUUUCUUUUUAAGAUCAUACUCAAAUUAAAUGUAAAGAUGAAUUUAUACACACUGACUGUUAAAUCAUGCCAUACACACGCGCUGUAUAAUUGUUUUUUGACACUUGUGUUGGUUCUGGUGCUGUACAAUUUUGGGUUUGUUUUUAAUUACAUGUGAAGGGAUUUUAACAAAAUUAUUAGUUUGGUUUCUUUGCUGGCAUUGUUUGUUAAAAGUGGUGUCACCAGUAUGUGUGUGUGUUUUUUUUUUUUUUCAAUAAUAAUAAUAAUAUAUAUCAUUGGAUGGUGCCUUUCUGACACUCAAGAACACCUUAUAUCAGGGGUGCCCAAACUUUUUCAGCUCGCGAGCUACUUUUGAAAUCAACUCAGUGGCCUAGUGGUUAGAGUGUCCGCCCUCAGACUGGAAGGUUGUGGGUUCAAACCAGGUCAUACCAAAGACUGUAAAAAUGGGACCCAUUGCCUCCCUGCUUGGCACUCAGCAUUAAGGGUUGGAAUUGGGGGUUAGAAGGAGUGGAGCUCUUUACAAGCCCUAGGAUUCGUCUCCCUUUUUGCACAGUUAUUGAUAUAAUAAUAUGUGCUAAACAAUAAACUAACUAAAAGAAAUGACCAAGUCACAAAGAUCUACCCACUAAAAAAUAAUGUUUUUGUAUAUAUAUAUAUAUAUAUAUAUAUUAGGGGUGUAACAUCACAUCGAUUAAUCGAUAUAAUGCUCUACAAUUUAUUGGCAUCGAUGCUAAAGGUAAACAUCGAUUUAUAUCGCCGUGUUUGACCUCGGACAUUAGACGCGACUUUAUUUUGAAAUCCAGUUCAUUGUUGCUUGCUUCCUCUUUCCGGGAGCAGUGCGCCCGGCGUUGUUGUGUUGUGAGCAGAGCACAAACGUGAAAGGGGAGUCGCCAACUAGUACGCGGCUCCUGGGCUGGUGCUAUGGCUAGUGUCCAAAAAGACGAGGACAUUUGCUCCCCUUUAGGCUUCAAGUCAUUCGUUUGGAAGCACUUUGGAUUCCAAAGAAAAGAUGGCUCAACGGACAAGACACGUGCAGUUUGUAAAUCCUGCCAUGCGGUGAUCAAAUAUUCAGGGAGCACAAAUCUCGCCGCACAUUUAAAGAAAAAACACAACAUCAAAGUUCAGUGUUAAAAUAAGCACUUUGUAUACUACAAUACUCUUGUAAUUUCCUAAAUAAAGAGUUUGCAGUACCUCUUUGAUUUUGCGUAUGAAUUGUUAUAAAUCAGGAUAUUAUUCGAUAUUUUUUAUUUAAAAAAAAAAACUAUAUUGAUCGUAGAGCACUAUAUCGUGAUAUAUCGUGAAUGAAUCGCAGCAGGCUUUACGAUAUCGGCAAAUAUCGUAUCGUAGUUCUUUGUAUCGAUAUUAUAUCGUAUCGUGACAAAACCCGCGACUGCGUGUGUGACGAUCAUUGGGACUUAAAAAAAAAACAAUUAAAAAAAAAAAAAAUUAAUUAAAAAAUUGGGUGCGUAUUAUACAUGGGUACAGGCUUUUUUCCAGCAUCAGCAUGCCAUUUUUAGGGUGCGUAUUAUACAUGGGGGCGCAUUAUACACGGAAAAAAACGGUAAACAAUUUCUUCCAGAUAACUACAGUAAAUUAGUCAUUUUAAUUAAAUCUGUACAACAGGUUGGUGGACGAUUCGGUCAACAUGGGGCUGCACUACAUCCUGCGCCACCUAGACCGGACCACCAGCACUGGCGCACCCCUGGGGUGUGUACUUUCCCCACUGCCCUUCUCUCUCUACACCAGGGGUGUCAAACUAAUUUUUUUCACAGGCCGCAUUGUUGUCAUAGCUUCUUUCGGAGGGCCAUUAUGACUGUCAACCCAAAUAAAUGUAUGAGCACCUCAUAUUAUAUACAGUAAAAGCUACAAAACAAACUGACAAAUACCAUUUUUUUCCAUGUAUAAUGCGCCCCCAUGUAUAAUACGUACCCUAAAAACGGCAUGUCAAUGCUGGAAAAAAAGCCUGUACCCAUGUAUAAUACGCACCCAAAUUUUUUAUUUAUUUAUUUUUUAUUUUUUAAGUCCCAGUGAUUGUCACACUGCGGACAUGUGAAAAAGGCGGCUCUGUAUGGGAGAGAAGUUGAAGAAGAAUAAAACACCCUUGGAAACCAAAACUUGCCCCUCGUCGUGACUCGGAGCCGCAACAAAUGUUUCAGAUUUGUGUAGGGUACCGUAAUUUUCGGACUAUAAAUCGCGGGUUUUUUCAUAGUUUGGGUGGGGGGGGCGACUUAUACUCAGGAGCGACUUAUAUAUGUUUUUCUUUUCAAAGAUUUUCAAAAAAAAAAAGUGGAACCGCAAUGUAGCAAGGGAUUACUGUAAUUUGAAUUUCAAGUGACGACAGCAGCGCAACGUCG